UAUAUGAAGUUUAUGUUUCUGAUGUUUCUUCGAAUCGAAACGAAAAAAAAAAAAAAAACGAAAUGAAUGAAUUUCAAAAAGUAAAGUGAUUCAAUUCAAAUAAAAAAAAAAAAUCUCAACAUUUUCCGGCCAGGCAGAGUUGAGCAAUUUGGAGAAAGAACGUUUAUCGAUACGCGAGGAGCUUUGCUCGAAAGAUCAUCUGUUGCAAAACGAGCGAAGAAUAUCGAACGAACUGAAAACUCGUUUGAAGACGGCGUCGGUGACGAUCAAUCGUCUGGAGGAGGAAAGAAUGCGUGACAAGAUCGAUUACUCGAGUUUGUCAGCAAAUUACGAGACUUUGCUUCAGGAGCGUGAUAUCUUGAAGAAGGGGGCUCUGUCUUGCCAAACGGAAGCCGCGAAAUUCAAAUUCAAAAUCGAGAGUUUAGAGAGCACGUUGCGGCGGGAAAUUCAACAGAGAGAGAAGCUGCAACAAGCGUUGAUGGAACUAAAGAACGAUUACGAGAAUAUAACCGUUAAUAUCGAUAAGAAUAUCAUCAAGCUUGGAAAGGAGCAGGAGUAUUUACUAGACAGUGGUAAAGCUACAAUUCUCUUAAACAAACGAUUGCAAACCUUUGGCCUUUGUUCCCACGCGAUUAACGAAAGGAACAAAGCACGUAUGAGAGAUUUACAACGUAAAUUAAUCGCUUCUUCUAUUAACGAAUCCAUGAAAUUAUCCAGUAAUGAUACAUUACAUCCAGAAGUCGAGAAUCUAUGUUCCAAGUUAAAAGAAAUGUUGACAAAUUUAAAAAUAAAGAUGCAAGAUUCUGCGUCAUUCGAAGAGAAACUAGACAGGAUCUUCAAUGAGUUCUCUACAAGCCUUAACGCAAGUACAACAACGAUGAAAACAACUGCAACGAAUAAAUGAAUCAGGUCGAAUGAUUACCAACAUUUAUUUCAUCUCAGUUUCUCGAUACAUUCUGAUAAGUAAGAGGUUUAUUUCGACUUGAUAAAAUACUUCGAAAUAAAAUUACAUUGCUUAUAUCGUUAUAAAACAUGUUAAAAAAUUAUUGAUAAUUUUGUAUGUACAUCAUCCUUGCACUCGAGCAGUUUAAGAUUGUAAGAUUAGCCGUUAAUUCGUUGCCAUUUCUUUAUUUCUUCCAUUUUGUUAAGAAUUGAAAUUCAAUGAAAAGAAAAAAAAAAAAGAACAGAAACGA